CACUAAUAAUAUAGCAACACUGCCAUUGUGACGUCACACGAAACAGGCUGACGACGUCUUUUUACAGUUCGAAAUAAAAUGAUUCUAAGUGGCUUAUUUUAGUGUUUCUACGUUGAAUUGUGUUUUAGAACAAGCGUUGACGAUAAAUUAUUUUAGUGUUGUGACUUAAACGGACUCGGUGUGAUGGGCCAUCAAUAAUUUCGUGGUGACAACGAGUGAUGAAGGAAAAAGAAAAUGGCUACCUUCGAACGCAUGUUGAUGGCCAGGAAAACUGUUGUAUUAGAUGAAAAAUACAACGUUGCUCGUAAAAUUGGCGGCGGGAGCUUCGGUGAUAUAUUUUUAGCGAUCAACAUAACAAAUGGAGAGGAGGUAGCAGUGAAGGUUGAAUCCAUCAAGGCGCGACACCCACAACUUCUCUAUGAGAGCAGAGUGUAUAAGAUGCUCCAAGGGGGCAUUGGAAUACCACACAUAAGAUGGUAUGGCUACGAGAAGGAGCACAACAUCCUGGUGAUGGACCUCCUGGGUCCAUCGCUCGAGGACCUGUUCAACUUCUGCUCGCGUCAGUUCACCAUCAAGACUGUUCUCAUGCUGGCAGAUCAAAUGCUGGGUCGUGUGGAGUUCAUACACUGCAAGUGCUUCAUACACCGCGACAUAAAGCCGGACAACUUCUUGAUGGGCAUCGGACGCCACUGCAACAAGCUGUACAUGAUCGAUUUUGGCCUCGCCAAGAAGUUUAGGGAUCUGCGCACGCGUGUGCACAUCGCCUAUCGUGAGGACAAGAAUCUUACUGGUACGGCGAGAUACGCGUCUAUAAACGCGCACCUCGGAAUAGAGCAGUCGCGACGGGACGACAUGGAAUCGCUCGGAUACGUGCUCAUGUAUUUCAACAGAGGGUCGCUACCUUGGCAGGGUUUAAAAGCGAUCACAAAGAAACAAAAAUACGAGCGUAUCAGUGAGAAAAAGAUGUCCACACCCGUCGAGGUACUCUGUAAGGGAUUCCCGGCUGAGUUUGCGAUGUAUUUAAAUUACUGCCGCGGGCUGUCCUUCGACGAGUCGCCAGACUACAUGUACCUCAGACAGUUGUUCCGCAUCCUGUUCCGUACGAUGAACUACCAGUACGACUACACGUUCGACUGGACGAUCCUGCGCCAGCGCAAGCAGCACAUGGAGGGAGGCGCCGCCAACGACCGCCGCUCGCCCUCCGUGCAGCGCCGCGCGCAGCAGCCGCAGCCGCCGCCGCCGCCCAACAACGAGUGAAAGAGAUUACGACGUUCGGCAGCUGCCGGUGGUCCGGCGAAGAAGAGGGCGCGAUAGCAUUUGUGUACGCGUUGUGUGCGAGCGGCGGCGCGUGGCGGCGCGUGGCGGCGCGCGGCGGGCGGCGGGGCGGGGCGCGGCGCGGGCGGCGGCUCGCUCGCACUGUGGGCACAGCUCUCCACAGCUCUCUCAACGCGCGUCGAACGCGAACCUCACAAGGACUAGCUUUAUCUCUAAUAUAGAGAGGCCUUUACGUUGUGUCUCGACCAUGUAGUGUAGCGCGUGGUUGUCUCUCGAGUGAAAUGUGGCAUCGAUCGGCUCGAGAUGGGCGAAUGUGCGACGUCGGCGCGCGGGCGUCACUGUGCGGACUCCGAGCCCGUUUGUACCAUCUUGAACUUAUCCGUGUUAUAAACAAAACUUCGGUGAUUAACUUUGCCGUGUGACGAACACACGAUUUGUAUGUUUUUUUUUUAUAUUGUAUUAUAAUUUUUGUAUUUGUUCAAGGCGAUAAGUGUGUUUCGUUGUAUGAAAUGAAAUGUUAACAUUAUAAAAGCAUCUUUUUAGCGAGUUUUUGAAACAAAGGUAAUAAAAAUAAAAGUAUUUAACCUUGAUGACGGUGAGUUGAUAUUUACUAAGUUUUUCGAUGUUAGUUUCUCCUAAUUAGCUAAUGUCUACGUUCAGUCGUAUUUCACGCUAUUGUAGGUAAAUACGCAAACGAGAUCACGUAAGUCGGCACGCGAGUUAUAAAUAAUAAAUAGUUUAAAGAAAGUGGUAGAGCCACGCUAUAGACAUAUUUGUUUACAGCAGGAAUGGGCCGGCUCGACCGGGAUAUUACCACUAUCUCACAGAAAACUGUCGUCAAGUGACGGCUUGCUGUCCAUUUUCGGAUAGUGGGUGACAUUUCCGGAGGCCCGAAUAACCCCCUCCCCUUCCUAAUCCCAAUUCCUUUAAGGUCGGCAGCGCAUUUAUAGUUCUUCGGGAAUUGUAAAUGUUUAUGGGCGGUGAUCCACUCCCUCGUUUGCCGAUCUUCUCCAUACAAAAAACCCCUUGAUGAGUGAUCGGUUUCCGAUGCAAGUAGAUUCUUUAUGAAAAAAAUGAAAAUUUAAAUAAAAAGCGAAAAAGCGCAUGAUUUAGGAUUAAGACAAUUGAUUCCCAUUUCCAUAAAACGCACCGGCUUCGAGAGUACGUAGUUAUAAGAAUUAAUUUGUAUCUUUUCGGUUUGGUAUAACAUAAAUUGUACAUAAGAUUUAGAGGAGGCAGAUGCGUUUUAUAGAAAUAUGGUACAUAUAGUAUCUUAAUUUUUAAUUAAGUUGUAAAUACAAGACCUUGUUUGGUUCAGUGUUAUUUCUUUUAAAAGAACAUGAGAGUAACAAUUGUUUUGCCCAUGGUAAUUGAGUUUUGUGAUACUCGUAAAUAUUUUUAUAUCAGAAAAUGACUAAAACUCAUUCUUCCAUAGUAGUUUUCGAACGCGAGUGUCAUGAAACUCUUGAACGCGAAAGUAACAAGUGAAAAUAAUUAUUUAAAUGUAUCAAUUGGAGACAAAAUAGACUUUUAGCUCUGUAUACAGGCAGUUGUUUUUGUGUACUCGGAUCGUGUCUAUGUGAUAUUACGGAUCUCAUUCCUUUUCAUAAAAAAUAUCUGUAACUAGUGACGAAUUCUCGGUUUCUUUGAAUGGUAAGAUUAUUUUGUCUCCAAAGCAUGUUUACACAGACACUUUCAAUUUAAUUAUAAAUUAAUAAAUGAUAUAUUAAACUAAAA